CAACGACCCCCAGGCUGAGGGGCACAGGGGAGCACUGUGAAGAGCACCGAGCCCCUCGGGUCGGUGGGGGGUUUCUCGGGCAGCAGUUUGAGGGCGCAGGGUUUCUGGAGCGGCAGGGAUUGCGGAGGGCAGGAGUUUAGGGGUGCACUAAACUCCAGGGGCGCUGCCCAGACACGGCGAAGCAGGCGCAGCUCAUGGAGCUGCUGAAGAAGGAGGUGAGAGCGAUGCUGAUAGCUGCCAAGGAGGGCCUAACGCCGGCAGAGCUGGAGGAGCAGUACAUGGCCAUGGUCUGCAAACCUCUGCCCCUCCAAGACCUGGGCUUCCAGUCCACCUUGGAGCUGGUGAAACAUAUGCCUGAAGUUGUCCGAGUCUCUUUUUGUAAGAACGGCAGCCUUAUCCUCAAAGCCAUUGCAGAUGACACCACCAAAGGAAUUGCCAAGCUGGUUGCCUGCCAGAAGGGAAGGACAUGUACUAAGGCAUGGAAGAGAACUCAUCUGAAGGCAAAUGCUGCUUCUCCUUCUAAGAACUCUAAGAAUCCACAGCGUUCCCCUCUGAGAGCCAGGACUCCCAUCCUGCCAGCGACAGUGAAGGCUGAGCUGCAGGACUUGCUGAGUUCCUCACCUCUUCUGCUCCAGGACUUGGACAAGGCCUUCCUCAAAUGCUUUGGCCGGGCGUUCCCGUACAGGCAGUACGGAUUUUCUUCUGUGCUUGAAGCCCUCAGGAGUGUGUCUGAUUUCAUUGUGGUUGAGCAGACAGAGGCAGGUUCUUUGCUGGUCCUGAGAGAGUACCUGGCAAAGGAGGCAGAGAAGGAAGAGGUGCCUCAAGGUGAGGCACAGGACGAAGAGAUGCUGCGAGCUGAGAUGCCUCCUUUGGAACCCAUCUGUGAGACAGAUAACUUCCACCAGGCAGCACUUCAUCAGAAGAGGGAGCCAGUGGAAACAGAAGCAGUAGAUUUGGGUGAUCACCUCAAACAACCUCAAGAUUGUCAGCAGCUGAUACCAAACAAGCUGACACUGACUGAAGAACUCCCAGAUGCUGUUCAGGACAGAAGCCUUUGCAGUUUACCACCUCUGAAGAGAAGGUCCUUGGUGGGAGUCAUCGUGGAAUUCGUUGUCUCUCCUACCCAGUUCUACAUCCACAUCUGUGGCAGGGAAACAUCCCACAAACUGCAGGAUCUGAUGUUUGAGAUGAGGCACCUUUACUCAUAUAAACUUGUCUCUGAUAAAUACAUCAUGCCUGACUCUGCAGUACGGCCUGGACAGCUCUGCUGUGUAAUGGUCUCCAAAUGGUGGUACCGUGUUAUCAUCCAUCGUGUGAUCAGUGACCAAGAAGUGGAGGUGUUCUAUGCAGAUUAUGGACACCUCCAAAUUGUCCAAAAGUCUUGGCUGAGAUUCCUCAAGUGGCAGUACUUGAAGCUCCCUGCUCAGGCCAUCCCGUGUUCCUUGGCAUGGGUAAAACCUGUGGAGGGUACGUGGUCUCCUGCAGCAACUCUCCUGUUCAAGAAUCUCUGUGGCUUCAAGGAGCUCGUGGGCGUUGUGGAUGAAUAUGUGGAUGGCGUUCUGCACCUCUUCCUCUGUGACACAUCCACCAAGGAGGAUGUCUACUUCCACUCUGUCUUGAGGGAUAUGGGAUAUGCUGAUGUCUGUGGAGAGAACAUUCCUUCCCAGGAAUUCAAGGAACUGAAUCCUUUGGCCUUGUAUGUUCAGCCCAGUGGAGAGCAGGAGAAUGCUGAACUGGUGGAGCCAGACCUUUGCUUGCAGCAGGAAUCUCUGGUUGCAGAUAGUGAAACAACAUCCUCAAAGCUGGAUGGGGCUGAGCUGUGUGACCAGACACCUCAUUCUCUUGGAGAGUCCUCUGUGCCUGCUGUCUUAGUCAAGUCAGUGGAAGAUCUUUAUACCUCCUUUAUUUACUCCAAGCAACCAGCAGAAAUGAGGUGAAGAGAACAUGAAGAAUGAAGACCUUCCCAGGAGUUGGCCUCUGUGGAGCCAACCUCACAGACUCCAUGUCCCUCCUGCCACGCUCUCUGCAGUGUUGGCAGCUGCUUGAUUGACCACUUCCCAUGCCUACAUCCAGUGGCUCCCAAGCCUAGGAAGGCAGGUGUGAGAAGAGGGGAGAAGCUGGAGCUGCUGCCGAGGAAGGCUGCUGGGAGCAGCACAGGCUCUCUCUAUGACCAUGCUGUUGGGUUGUUUUUUUGUUGUUUUUUUUUUUUUUUGUUCACAAACAUUUAAUCCCUUGAAAAACUUUUUGGGUCUGACGUCUCAGGUGGACUAGGUGAUCUUUAAAGCUCUCUUCCAACCCUAACCGUUCUAUAAUUCUGGGUUUUUAAUUUCAGCAUUUUGGGUUUGGUUUGGGAUGUGAAAGUGCUAAAAGUGCAAUAAGUGUUAAUUUUACUUUCAGGAAAAUAGUUUGGGUUUGUAUUUUUAAUUUCAGGGAGAUACUUUAUUUUUGUUGUACUGGUGGUCUACUGAGUUACUGCUCUUUAAUAUAGUGGUUCAGGAGAACAUCUAAGUAUAACAUUGUGUUCUAUAUCCUUUAAGUUUAGGAGAGGGAAACUGGCUGCCUAUCCCUCCCUCCCUCAGUGCAUGAGCAGUUUUGACAUUGGUUUUUAAGACAGUGGGUGCUCUACACACUCCUUGCUCUGAGGAGGGCUGAAGAAACCUUCCCCAAGAAGAAAGUGCUGUGAUUUGUUGAAUGCCAUGUAUACAAAGCAUCAGGAAUUUCAUCUCACAUAUAAAAUAAAAUCUCUAAAGAA